AAUUGUAGUUCAGGGGCGGGGCCGUUGGCGGCCCCAGGGGGAGCUCGGGCCUGACCUGGAUGGAUGGCGGCUGCGACGCGCGGCCCCCGGCCUUGCGGCUCGCUGCUCGGGCUGCUCGGGCUGCUCGGGCUGGUCGCGGCCGCGGCCGCCUCCUGGGACUUGACUUCGUUGCGCUGCAACUUCUACGACUUUUGUGAAUGCGACUUCCGGCCCGAUUUGCCUGCUCUGGAAUGUGACCUGGCCCAGCACCUGGCCGGCCAGCACCUGGCCAAGGCGCUGGUGCUGAAGGCGCUCAAGGUCUUCGUGAGGGACCCCGCCCCUACCAAGCCCCUGGUGCUGUCCCUGCAUGGCUGGACGGGCACCGGCAAGUCCUACCUCAGCUCCCUGCUGGCCCACCACCUCUUUAGGAGCGGCCUCCGCAGCCCCCACGUGCACCACUUCUCUCCCAUCAUCCACUUCCCCCACCCGAGGCACCUCGAGCGUUACAAGGAGAAUCUGAGGAGCUGGGUCCAGGGCAACCUCACAGCCUGUGGACGCUCCCUCUUCCUCUUCGAUGAGGUGGACAAUCUGCCCCCAGGGCUGAUGGAAGUCUUGCGGCCCUUCCUGGGCCCCUCCUGGGUCGUGUACGGGACCAACUAUCGCAAAGCCAUCUUCCUCUUCAUCAGCAACACCGGCGGCGAGCAGAUCAACCAGGUGGCCCUGGAGGCGUGGCGUGGCCACCGGGAGCGUGAGGAGAUCACUCUGCAGGAGCUGGAGCCGGCUGUCACCCGCGCAGUCCUGGACAAUCCGCACCGUGAAUGGCUUCUGGCGCUCCGGCAUCCUGGAGGAGCAGCUCCUGGAUGCGCUGGUGCCCUUCCUGCCGCUGCAGCGGCACCACGUGCGGCACUGCGUGCUCAACGAGCUGGCCCAGCUGGGUGUGGAGGCCCCGGAGGAGGUGGUGCAGGCCGUGCUGGACGGCACCAGCUUCUUCCCCGAAGAGGAGCAGCUCUUCUCCUCCAAUGGGUGUAAGACGGUGGCUUCUCGCAUCACCCUCUUCC